GGGCCACUCCCGGCCACGUCUCCAAGCACACCCGGUGCCCCCUCCUCCUGCCGCGCCCUCUGACCAGCCUGGGCUGCAGAUGUCUUGGUUGGAGUCUCUGGGGCCAGAUGUUAUAGGGCAAGCUAAAAAUAACCAGGUGGGCCGGCCACCAUCGGGGCCGGGGGUGGGGGCGUGUGCCGGCGCGGACACAUGAUCCAGGGACCCGGCCGAGCGCAGCGGAGACGGUCGGCGGCCGCGCGCGCCUCUGCUCCCCGCUGACGGGACCCGCCGGCCAGAGCGCCCUCUUCUCGGAGCCUCUGGGCGAGGAAACGCCAUCUCCAGCCGCGGGAUGGGCAGGAGGAAGGGCAUGAGGAAGGGCAUGUGGGGUCUGUGCCUCCUGCUGCUGCUCCUCCGAGCCGCUUCCGCCAAGAACAUCUGGAAACGGGCGUUGCACGCGCGGCUGGCCGAGAAGUCCCGCGCCGAGGAGGCGGGUGGCUCCCGGCAGCCCCGCGCCGACCGCUGCCCGCCGCCCCCGCGCUCGCUGCCCCCCGGCGCGUGCCAGGCGGCGCGCUGCCAGGCCGACUCGGAGUGCCCGCGCCACCGGCGCUGCUGCUACAACGGCUGCGCCUACGCCUGCCUGGAGGCCGUGCCGCCCCCGCCAGAUGCCAGCAGCACCGCACCCGACAAUGUGACAACCAAAAAUACCUGUAGACUUUGCGGAAUGUUCCCUGGGGGACAAAGUUGCUCGACACUGAGGACCACUGAUCUGAGACGAGCGGAUGACUUGAAAUGCGCCAGGCCCUGCGCCCAGCAGCCCACACGCUUCAUUGCCGUCUUCCUGUGGGUCCCCCCGAAGGCAGCCCCUGAGAUAAGGGCUUGGGCGCGGGGCGCUUAUUUAGCAGUUUUAGACUGGCUGGUGCAGCCGAAACCUCGAUGGCUUGGUGGCAACGGCUGGCUCCUGGAUGGCCCUGAGGAGACGUUGCAAGCAGAGGCAUGCAGCACCACGGAGGAUGGGGCCGAGCCACUCCUCUGCCCCUCAGGCUACGAGUGCCACAUCCUGAGCCCGGGAGACAUGGCCGAGGGCAUCCCCAACCGCGGGCAGUGCGUCAAGCAGCGCCGGCAGGCAGAUGGGCGAUUCCUACGACACAAAUUUCACAGAGAGUAUCCAGAAGGUGACUCCAAGAACGUGGCAGAGCACGGAAAAGGACAACAGAGGCACUUUCAGUAACGCGACGACAGCAGGCACGUGAGAGAAGAGUCGUAGGCUUCACGCCUUUGACAGGACAGAGAUGUCAGUCAAACAGCUCCAUCAGGGAACAGCUUAUGAGGUGCGAUAACCAAUCCACUUGCUUGGUAUUCCAUUUUUUAAAAUACAUCUAUAUUCUCUAGCCCUGCCCCCUGAAAAGGCUCAGAACAAGAGGUCACCUCCUUGGCCUAACACCCAGGUUGUGGUCCUGAAAAUCAUUUCCCAUUUUAAACAAAUGGAAAAGCAGGGUUUCUUGGAGAAAUAGCUGUUUUUAGGGCUGGAAACGGACAGGAAAUGGACAAGACAAGGCUGGAAUAUUUCGUUUUCCCAAACGGCAAGGGGACUAUUAAGGAGGACUCCUGGGGUUAUGCCACAAGAACUCAGAAGCCAGCUUGAAGACCCUCCCCCGGCCGAGGACAUGAGCGUCGGAGCUUCGGAGAGGAGGAUACUGCAGGCAUUCAAACCCACCUGUGUUUAAAUUCGUGAGUUCACAAAAAUGUGUUUUAAAUCUCGUGGAUCUCCUCCAGAAGGUGAUGAGGAAAGCUGGUGAAGGGAAGGGAUCAAGCAGUGACUUGGCCUUUCCUGUACCAACGGGGAACCAGACUGUAGAUGGGGGAGAGCAGCUCCUUGUGGAAGUGUUACAACUGACACGUUACCAGGAGAUGACGGAAUUAGACUAUCACAGCUCUGCAAUCCCCACUGAGUUAGUGAAUCGGGACGUUGAGAACCAGCGAGUACGAACAUCACAAAAAGAGACAGUGAGACGUUAGGAGCUGAGGGGAUGGAGUCUGAGCCAGCCUCUCGACGCCACUGCUGCUUUGCAGGAAAUCCUGAGGAGAGAGGAGCGUGCAGAACUGCACUGGGAACGUGCCAUCGGAAAUCCAGACUGGGGGCCGCGCUGUGGGCCGAACGGCCUGGUUCCUCACCAGAUGGACUGUGAGGGGGGAAAUAGAUGGAGGGGUCGGCAGAAUAAGAGAUCCCUGAAGGAGUCCGCAUCCUGAUCCCCAGAGCCUGUGACUGGGUGACCUGGCAUGGCAAAAGGGAUUUCACAAAGGUGACUUGAGUUAAGGGUCUUGAGAUGGGGAGACGAUCCAGGUGGGCCCAAGGUCAUCACGAGGAUCCUCAUAAAAGGGAGGCAGGAGAUGGGGCAGCGAGGUGAAGCAGCGCGAGGAAGACUCAGCCAGCCAUUUCUGGUUUUGAAGAUGGAUGAGCGGGCCAGGAGCCAAGGAAUGCAGGUGGCUUCUAGAAGCUGGAAAAGAUAAGAGAAUGCCUUCUCCCCGGGAGCGUCCAGAAGGAAUGCAGCUCUGCCAACACCUUGCUUUUAGUCCAUUCGGACUGUUCCAGACAUCUGACCUCCAGGACCGUAAGAGAAUCAAUUCGUGUUGUUUUAGGCCAUGAAGUCUGUGAUCAUCCGUUACAGCAGCCACAGGGAACGAACGCAGGUGGGAAACCCGAGGGUUACAGAAAUUUAAAGGACAUAUCAAAUUAUCACAAUGGGCAAGACCAAACUGGAGUGGCCUGGACGGAAGUGAUGAACAUAACAGUCAGGAGAAUGGGUGCCCCCCUUGGGGAGGGAGGCGGUGGGUAUUGGAGGAGGGCACAUGGCUGAGCUCCCAGGAGGGUGGCCAAGUUCUGCUCUGUCCUGGCUGGUGGUUUCCAGGAGUUCACCGGAUAAUGAUUCAUUAAGUUGCGCCUUUGUUUUGUGUCAUUCUCUGAGACUGUUUCAUUUUGCGUUUAACAAGAUAAAAAUAAUAACAGUUGCAAGGACGGUUUUAGGUGUGGAAUAGGACCUCCUUUGCUGCAGCUGUAGAAGAUGGAACAUUUUCUCCUUCUGAUUUUUCUGAGGUUUUUUUCACCAGCAGCUCAGGAAACGGCAUGGAGAGGAAAGAAGACAGGUCUGCGCAACUAAUAAUUUAUAUCAUGCAAAGGAGCAGGGCAGAGUAGACUUACCAACAAGUGGCAUGUGGGCUGAGUGCUUCGCAUGUAUACACAUAAACCUCGCUGUGGCGCACGUGGCGGGCUCCCCGACUCUGGCUGCCCCACUCCUUGGUGGGGAGAAGUGUGUUCUGCACCGUCUGCAGGCCCCAUCGUGGUCACCGGCUCCACGAUACCCCCUUCAUCUGUUUCUUCCCUUCUCUGCUUCACUUCCCCACUCCCUCGGCCACUGUUUCCUGGGGUCACCUCCCAAAUGAACCUCGCAUUCAAAUCUU